AUGCCCCAAGCCCAAGCCCAACCCCAGACCCCUUCCAACCCGCAAUCCCCCAACUUCCAAACAACCCGCCCCGCCUCCUCCUCCCUCCUCAUCCCGCAGAAACGGGCUCUCUUACCCCCAAAGAAGAUGAAGAAUCUCUCACCGAACCCAAACACAACCACCCGUCCCCCUUCCCUUCUCAUCGAACCCACAUCCCCAUCCUCAAACCCCAACCCCAACCCCAACCCCAACCCCGCAUCCAGAGACAAAGCAGGAAGCAGAAGAGACACGGAAUUCAACUUCGCGCUCGCGCCGCAGCCGUUCCUUGAUCCAGGGUGUUGGGAGCGGAUGCGGAUGCGGAUGCGGAGUGUUGAUGCUGCACGAUCUGGGGGCGGGGAUGGGGGUGGACCACGACAAGUAGGGCCGGGGGUGGAGGAGAGUGAGGAGUUGCGGCGAAGGAAGAGGGCCAGGGAGGCGGAGUUUGGGGGGAUGGCUGUUCGCGGGCGGUUGCGGUGA